UAUCAGUGUCAUAAAAGGCAAAGAAAGGCUUAGUAUCUAUUCUAGAUGAAAGGAGACUGAAGAUAGAUGGCAUUAAAUAUAAUAAGUAACAUUGGAUUGGGUCUUGGAUGGGGAUACUGUAGAUUAAAGAAUCAUGUCAGUAUUAAAUUGCUUGAUUUUGAUAAUUAUAUUCUGGUUAGGUUAGUGAGUGUCUUUGUUCUUAGAGAAAAAGUAAGGAAUUUACAGGUAAAUGGGCAUUAUGCAUACAGUUGAAUCUCAAAUGGUUACAAAAGAAGUAAUACAUAUAUACAGAGAAAAAGAGAAUGAUAAGGCAAAUAUGAAAGAAACAUUAAAAUUUGUUGAAUUGAGUGAAUGUGUAUGUGAGUUCUUGACAUAAUUCUUGACCCUUUUCUGGAAGUUUAAAUUUAUUUCAUAUUAAAAGUUAAAAACUGAAAAGUAACCAGUGUGAGGGAGUAGGGGAAGCUUUCAAGUAGAGAAAGGGCAAUAAUCUUUCUCUGAACUCAUUUAGAAAUAAACAACUUCACUUUUUGUUGAUUGUCCAGCUCUGACUGUUUAUCACGUUUCAGUCCUUGACAACUUGUCAUUAGGGAAUGGGGAGCAACCAGUCAUGGGCCACAGAGUUCGUCUUGGUGGGAUUCGAGCUCAGUGCAGACGUGGAAGUGCUCCUCUUCUGGAUCUUCUCUCUGUUCUACAUCUUCAGUCUGUUGGCAAAUAGUGUGAUAUUGGGACUCAUCUGUCUAGACAUGAGUCUACACACCCCCAUGUACUUCUUCCUCUCACACCUGUCCGUCACUGACAUGUCCUAUGCUUCCAGUAAUGUGCCCAAGAUGUUGGCAAAUUUAUUGAACCAGAACAGAACCAUAUCCUUUGUUCUUUGCAUUAUGCAGACAUUUUUGUAUUUGAGUUUUGCUCACACAGAGUGCCUACUUUUGGUAGUGAUGUCCUAUGAUAGGUUUGUGGCAAUCUGCCACCCCCUCCACUACACUGUCGUCAUGAACUGGAGAGUGUGCACAGUCCUGGCUGUCUCUUCCUGGUCAUGUGGAUUUAUUCUGGCUCUGGUACAUGCAAUUCUCCUUCUCAGGUUGCCCUUCUGUGGGCCCCGGGAAGUGAACCAGCUCUUCUGUGAAAUUAUGUCUGUCCUCAAGCUGGCCUGUGCUGACACCUGGAUCAACCAAGUGGUUAUCCUUGCUGCUUCUGUUUUUGUCUUAGUUGGGCCUCUCUGCUUAAUGCUAGUUUCCUACAUGCGCAUUGUCUGGGCCAUCCUAAAGAUCCAGUCAAAGGAGGGCCGCACAAAGGCCUUCUCCACCUGCCUCUCCCAUCUCUGUGUGGUCGGACUCUUCUUUGGCAUCGCCAUGGUGGUUUAUAUGGUCCCGAAUUCCAAUCAACGAGAAGAACGGGAGAAAAUACUGUCCCUGUUUCACAGCCUCUUCAACCCCAUGCUGAACCCCCUCAUCUACAGCCUGAGGAAUGCUCAGGUGAAGGGCGCCUUGUAUCGAGCACUGCAGAAGAAGAGGCCCACUUGA